UGCGCGGCGAUGUGAGCUAUGAGCGCGGCGUGGACACUGUCACCAGAACCACUGCCGCCAUCGACGGGGCCCCCGGUGGGCGCGGGCCUGGACGUCGAACAACGCACAGUGUUCGCCUUCGUGCUCUGCCUGCUCGUGGUGUUGGUUCUGUUGAUGGUGCGCUGUGUGCGCAUACUGCUAGACCCCUAUAGCCGGAUGCCUGCCUCGUCCUGGACCGACCACAAGGAGGCGCUCGAACGAGGGCAGUUCGACUAUGCGUUGGUGUGAGGGGGCACCGAGUCCCGGGCCGGUCCUCUGAGAUCCAGGGAGGGCCGGCCCGGUGGAGGAAUGCCACCACCCUGGACUGCACUCAGUAUUGUGCCCCAGAUGCCCUAGGCCGGAGUUGAAGGCAUUUGGAGAAAUCCAGUCCUUACCCCCUUAGCCACCCAUCUCCCUUCCUGGCCGGGCCAGAACCCCACCUGGUGCCUUUAUCUGCCCCGUCCCCUUCUCUCUGCACUCAUUCCCACUGCUGAUCACUCAGCUCUGUAUCCCUACUGCGCGAAUCAUCCCGCACCAACCUCAGCCUUCCCCAGUUACCAACCAGGCAUGAAUGUUACAUCCUUUCCUAGGAAUGUGGACUCCUCUAUCCCCUUCUGUCCCCUAUUGUGAUCAUCGCCAAUUUCAAUGCGCUCCUUAAGUUCUGGCCCUGGCAGGCAGGCUCACUUUGGCUCACUAUGGACGCUGCCUACCUACAAAGCAUGGACCCCGGAACCCCCCCUGCGGCUGUGUCAGGAAUGUCUGGCACUCUAUGUGCAGGAGGAAUCCAAGCAGGCUCAUCCCCUUCCCAGCCCCAGCCCCAGCCCCAGCCCCAGCCCAGG